AUCAAUGGAUUCUCGUCUUCAAGGGAUACAUGCUGAAAUUUGAUAUUCCCUCAAAAUUGAUAAUCUUGAUGUGAACAGAUGUAUUGAGGCCUUGGAUGAACUUGCUUCACUUCAGGUCACAAUGCAGCAAGCUCAGAAACAUACAGAGAUGAUCACAACACUGAAAAAAAUACGGCAAUUCAAAGUUAGUCAGGUUAUCAUGGAAAAGUCUACCAUGUUGUAUAACAAGUUUAAGAACAUGUUUUUGGUUGGUGAAGGAGACUCUGUGAUCACACAAGUGCUGAAUAAAUCUCUUGCUGAACAGAGACAGCAUGAGGAAGCAAAUAAAACCAAAAAUCAAGGGAAGAAAGGGCCAAACAAAAAGUUAGAAAAGGAACAAACAGGUUCAAAGACUCUAAAUGGCGGGUCUGAUGCCCAGGACAUGAACCAACCACAGCAUAAUGGAGACAGCAGUGAAGAAGGCAAAGACAGCCACGAGGCCAGCAGCAAGAAAAAGCCAUCCAGUGAAGAGAGAGAGACUGAAAUAUCUCUGAAGGAUUCUACACUAGAUAACUAGGUUGCAAUACCUGGAAUAUAAAGAACAUUUGAGAAGUUUGUAAUGGUUUUCACUUGAAAUACUUAGAUUGCAGAAAGUUUUACAUUUUUAUAAGCUUAGGUUUUGAUGUUUAAAACUUGUUUUGAGGGAGAAGUAAUCCCUUUAUCUUUGUUUAAACAUUGCUAAUUGUACUCGUGCAGUAUUAACAGCUACAUUAUACAGUAAACGUGAGGGAGAAUCCACUUAGGAACUGUUAAACUGCUUUUCCAGACAUUGGUUGUAGAAUAUUUCCAAUUACUGUGUGUAUGUUAAUGUGUAAUUGAUAGUAGAAAAGUUACAUUUUUUAAAUUGAUACUUGUAUAAACCUUUCCUCUAUUCCCAGAUACUGUGGGUUUUGUGCAUAGUUUUUACAAAUCUUGGAUUUAUCAGACUGUCUUUUCACUGUGUGGGUUUUGUAGAAGUCAUACAUUUUUAUGAUAGAGAAAAUGUUACUUCUAUACAACUACUCUCUCCUUUUAUCAAGUUAAUUUUAAUCUCAGUCUACAUUGUGCUACAUUAUCCUGCUGCUUUGUAACUUGUGGUCUGUAUACCUUUUUGUAUGACUAAAUAAUCCAGUGUGAACUGACAAUUCUACAAGAUAGAAAACUCAUGCUAACUUUUGAUGGUAAUUUAGUUUUUUUGGCUGGGAAUUAAGUGAAGUCAUAAUUUUCCUGCAGAGAGCAGAAUGGGGUAUAAUAGAGGAAUGAAUCUGGCUUUAGGAUUCAACCACCCAAGAUCUUUUGCAGGCACUAGUAGUUGAAACUGAAAACUAAAAGAUAAAAGUUUAUUUUCGAGAAAUGUCUCAAAUUUCUGAAUGUUUCUAAAGUCAUGCUCAUUAAGGAAGUCAUUAAGUAUUUUUUAAUUGGAAAAAAAUUCAUAAUGCUUAUAAGGAAACCAACUCAUUUGAAAACAUGGCUGGGGAAUUUUUAUUCCUGUAUUAUACAUGUGAUAGGACUACAAAAAGUGAAAAUGUUGCUCUGAGGCAGGAGACCAAAUAAAGGAGUACUUUGACAGUCUGUGUAUACAAGUAUAUGGACUAAAUCAGGGUGAACCAAGGUUAACCCAAAAUUUAAGAGUAACUUAACAGAUAGCAUUUUUGGAAUAUUAGGUCAGUUAGUGGUUAAAACACUUGUGAUGUUAACUCUGAAUAUGGGGAAAAAUAGCUUAAUACCAGUGUUUGCAUGUGACAUGCAUUGUAUGUUUUGACCUCUCAGAUAAUUGUUUUCAUCUACAGAUGAAAAGUGUGAAUAACUUCAAUAAUAGUUUUGCUUUUGAGAAGUCUUUGAAUGGGAACUAAGACCCACUGUUUUCUAUUACAUUAUAUCUGGUACUGAGUACAAUUUAAAUUUGGGCAGAUUUAUUCUAGUUAAGCCAUAAGUGUCAACAUGUAAACUUGUUUUGAUUAAAGGAUUUUUCUAUA